AUGCCGUCGUCAAUCAAAAGCAUCGGCGUCGUCGGAGCCGGCAACAUGGGUUCCAUGAUGACCCUCCGCUUUGCCGAGCUGGGUCUUGCCGUCUCUGUCUGGGACAUUGAAAAGAAGAAUGUCGAUCAAGUUGUUGACCAUGCCACAAACGACAAAGGAAUCAAAGGCCGAGUUCAAGGAUUCUACAACAUCAAUGACUUCGCCAAGAGUCUUGAAGGAAAGUCUGAUCGAAAGUUAUUCAUGUUCUCCAUCACACACGGCGAGCCCGCGGACGAAGUCCUGCGGAUGAUCAAACCCGAUCUCAAGAAGGGAGACAUUAUUCUUGAUGGCGGAAACGAGAACUAUCGGAACACCGAGCGCAGACAGAAAGAAUGCGCUGCCAUUGGCGUUAGUUGGAUUGGCAUGGGUGUUUCCGGGGGAUAUCAAUCCGCACGACGAGGUCCAAGUCUGUCGCCUGGUGGUGACGCCAAAGCCCUGCAGCUUGUCAUGCCUUUCCUAGAAUCAUAUGCUGCGAAGGACCCGAAGAGCGGAACCCCGUGUGUGAAACGCAUGGGACCAGGUGGCUCGGGCCAUUUCAUCAAAAUGGUCCACAAUGGUAUCGAGGGUGGAAUGCUAUCAGUUCUUGCCGAAGCCUGGCAAUACAUGCACGAUGGCCUGGGCAUGGAGCAUUCCAAAAUCGGCGACGUUUUCCAAAAAUGGAACGAGGCUGGCGAGUUACGUAGUAACUUCCUCAUCCAUAUUGGCGAGAAGAUCCUUCACACGCGGAGAACACCAGAGGGUGAUCAUAAGGGCGAGGGAGCCAGCCGAGACGGUGGAUAUGUGCUGGACGAUGUGCUUGACAAGGUUGUCCAAGAUGAUGAUAACACCGAGGGAACUCCACUCUGGUGCCUCAUGGAGUCUGCCUCUCGCCAUGUCUCAUGCCCGACUCUAGCAGCGGCCCAUUACAUGCGUAUUUCGAGCGGAAACCGUCAAGAACGUGUGCGUGCUGCCAAGAAACUUGAAAUGCCCAUGCCAAAACCCAUCGAGGGUACUCGGGAUUACAAGGAAAUCAUCGAGAGCCUACGCCAAGCUGUCUACUGCUCUUUCCUUGCAUCAUUCUGUCAGGGAUUGGAGCUAAUUUCCCGCGCUUCGAUAGACGAAGGUUGGAAUGUCAACUUGGGUGAUUGUCUGCAGAUCUGGCGUGCUGGGUGCAUUAUCCAGUCGGAUCACAUCGCUGAUCUCCUGCAGCCACCACUCGCUGCUAACAACGAGCUUACCAAUGCCAAGUUCGUUGACUCGGUCGCACAUGAGCUUCACAAAAGCUUCCAGGGUCUCAAGGAGAUCGUCAUGGAGGGCACAAUGUCUGAUCAAUACAUUCCUGCGCUCUCGGCGACCCUGGAAUAUCUGAAGUAUGAAGGCGGGCUAGGAUUGCCAACUAAAUUCAUGGAGGCGCAGAUGGAUUACUUUGGUGCUCACAAUUAUAACAAACCUGGUAUUCCUGGCGAGGAUCCUGGUCCUGUCCACAAGGGCCCUCAUCAUUACGAGUGGCUGCCGGCCUAA